CUUGAUAAAGACGCCUGUCGUGUCUCAACUCGCCCAGAGCUGGUCGUUUUCUUUAUCGGGGACUCCCUUUCCUGAUAUGUUGAAUAUCUCCUCGCGUCGUCGGUCUAGAUAAACGCCGUAUAAUACGAAGGUGGCACAUGUGUCCGAGGGUCUUCACAAUUGAAUUUCUCUCUCUGCCGGUCGCUCUCCUACAAAAGGAGACGGUUCGUUCAGUGAAAUGGCGAUGAAUCACGACUCCUGGGACUAUGUCGCCCGCAGGAACAGUCACGGAUCUCAGUCGCCUUCCGAGAAGAGUGGACAUGAGGUUCCCAAACUGAAAGACGGUUACGAUCUCGAGGACCAAAGUUCAGAACGGAGGAACAGUCGCAUUGCGCCCAUCCACUCGAAUACCUCCGUCGAUAGGCUCAGUGUGAGUCGACAGGUCGAGCUGGAAGCGGAGAAUGCGAUCAAGUACCGAACAUGCAGUUGGCAAAAGACCGCCGCAUUGCUCUUUUCGGAGUAUAUCUGCCUGGCCAUCAUGUCAUUUCCGUGGUCGUAUUCGAUCCUGGGGCUCGUCCCGGGCUUGAUCUUGACUGUCGUGGUGGCCGCUCUAGUGCUCUAUACCUCACUUAUCGUCUGGCAAUUCUGCCUACGCCAUCCAGAAGUCCGUGAUGUUUGUGAUAUUGGCCAGUAUUUGUUCUGGGACUCCAGGAUCGCAUGGUGGGUGACGGCCAUCAUGUUCCUGUUGAACAACACCUUCAUUCAGGGUCUCCACUGCUUGGUGGGUGCGAAGUAUCUCAACACGAUGACGGGCGGUGGAACUUGCACCAUCGUUUGGACUGUCGUGGCCGCAGUGAUCUCUUGGGUUUUUUCAUUGCCUCGAACGUUCGAUACACUGUCGAAAGCUGCCACUCUCUCCGCCUUCUUCACCUUCAUCUCGGUACUCCUCGCCACUAUCUUCGCAGCGAUCGAGCCCCAUCCCGCGGGAUUUGAUCCGAAUCCCAAUGCCGCUGUUGGUGGAAACCCCAUUGUAACGGCUAUCCCUAUCGCCGGAACGACCUUCGUGUCAGGCAUGAGCGCAUUCCUGAAUAUCAGCUAUACAUUCAUCGGUCAGAUCACACUGCCCAGUUUCAUCGCGGAGAUGAAGGAGCCCAAGGACUUCUGGAAAGCGGUCACUGCCGUCACAGUCGCCGAAGUGAUUGUGUUCAGCAUAGUAGGAGCGGUUGUCUACGCCUAUACUGGAAACCAGUAUAUGACCUCUCCGGCGUUCGGCUCGCUGGGUGAACAAGUCUACAAAAAGGUGUCUUUUUCGUUCAUGAUUCCGACGUUGAUCUUUUUGGGAGUACUGUACGCCUCAGUCUCUGCUCGCUUCAUCUUCUUCCGAAUUUUCGAAGGAACACGCCACAAGAGCAACCAUACAGUUGUGGGCUGGGCUUCCUGGGCUGGCAUCCUAGCGGUUCUCUGGAUCGCGGCGUGGAUCAUCGCUGAGGUUAUCCCCUUCUUCUCCGAUCUUCUGUCCAUCAUGAGUUCACUUUUCGACUCCUUCUUUGGGUUUAUCUUCUGGGGUGUCGCAUACCUGCGGAUGCGACGUGCGGACUAUGGCCCUGGUUUCUAUAGGAAACGGGGUAUCCGUGGUUCGAUUGGGUUCAUUGUUAAUAUCCUCAUCAUCCUGGCCGGUCUUUUCUUCCUCGGCCCUGGCACCUACGCCUCCGUUGACAGUGUUGUCCUGAGCUACGAAGCUGGCACCGUCGGCAGCGCUUUCUCCUGCGCUAACAAUGGUCUGUAGGCUAUACAUUCCAUCCUGUUGCCAAUAGUAGCAGUUGCAUCGCAUUUUGCACAAUAGGGGUCUUUUUUUUUAUGUCGGUAUAUUUUUCUUUAUAAAAGUUUUGGGAAAUGGAGAUUCCCCUCUUGGAAGCGUUGAAACAUAUAUACCCUCACAAGACGGCUAUCUGCACCGGGCUUCUUGUGCCUUGUGGCCAUUGAUUCUCCGUGGGGCACUUGCCACUCAAUCAAGCAUGAUAAUGUUCUGGCUCUUCCAUAGAAGUAUAUACCGUCGUGCAGCUUCACUUAGCCGCAGUACUAGCCUAUACCCACUGCGCUUGUACUCUUAGCUGGCGGCGCCCCCAUCUUGCUAGCAAAGAGUAUUCCGGAGUGGAUCAGCGGAGAACCGUAUCACCACGUGACUUUUCCGUUAUCGCCGGCAAGUUGCCCGCCUCCGCAUCUU